AUGCCGAGCCCUGAGCACGGAGCAGCAACGGGAGCACUAGCCAGAUAUAUGGAAUAUGAACUGGUCAAAAUGGGCUAUUGGGCCACGGACGCAAUAACAUCCUAUUCCGGCUCGGGCAUUCGGAUAAAUGACAAGGGCAAAGACGCGGAUUUUGGCUGGGGACGCUCAGAUCGCCCUGACGAAGAGGGAGUCAGACUGACAGUAGCUGUGGAAGUUGGAAUUUCAGAAGCUUCGACUGUUCUGAAAAGAGACAUCGAUUUUUGGCUCAACCCGAACUUUGCGAAAGGAAACCUCGUGAUCGCGAUCAAGGUACAUGAAGACAGGGCUGAGAUUGAGAUUGAUUCAUGGGAGCUUGAUCAAUGGGACCACGUGCAUCGCGUUGCUCAUCUUCAGAUCUCAAAGGGAAACAAGAAAGGUGCCAUCAGCGUUUGCGGAGACCCUUUGAUCAUUUCGUUUGAAAAUUUGGUUGGAAGACCGAGGAUCACGCGAUCUGAGAAAGAUAUCAUCAUCUCCAAAGCAGCUUUACAAGUCCUGGCUAAAAAGGUGUCGAAAGAGCAGAAACUCUAG